AUGGUGGUCACGGCCCACUUUAUUGAUAAAGAUUGGGUCAUGCACAAAAGAGUUAUCAACUUUAAAUCUUUAGAUAGUCAUAGGGGAGAAGACAUUGGGCGUACGUUGUUGCCUUGUCUUGAAGAGUGUGGUAUCAAUAAUGUAAUGACCAUAACCGUAGACAAUGCUAUUUUAAAUGAUAAAGCAAUUGAAUUUCUAAUGAAAAAACUACGAAACUUAUACGAUGGGGGGAAACAAUUACACGUAAGGUGUAUGGCCCACAUCCUAAACCUUAUUGUUAAGGAUGGGUUUGAUGAACACCAAUCUAGCAUUAAGUGCAUGCAAAAGGCCGUUAGAUAUAUUAGGAAUUCCACUCAACGGAUUCAAAGGUUCAAAGAAUGCAUGAAAGAGUUAAAUGUGGAAUCCAAGAAGUUUUUGUGCAAUGAUUCCCCAACCCGAUGGAACUCCACAUACGAGUUAUUGAAGAUUGCGGUGGAGUUGGAGAAGGUUUUUGGAAUGUUUUCAGUUAAAGAUCCACGGUUGAAGUUUGAGUUUCUUCAACAAGCCUUUGAGAAGUUGAUUAAGUUGAAGAAUACCAGAGAACCUCCCAUAUUCAACUCGGAAGUCACUUUGAAGGCUAAGGCCUUAAUACGGGACAUUGAAAAAAAAAUUGAGAAUUUUUUUAAUUUCUACAAAGCAAAGUUCGACAAUACCGAGUCUUCUCAAAGUCAAACACGUGCUCAGGAAGAUGUAGUUAUGUUUGAUGAUGAGAAUAACUUCAUGGGUGAUUUAAUAGUAAAAUCGGAUUACCCAUUGGCAUCUACAGAAACAGAGUUGACACAAUACCAAAACGAGCGGUCAGUUAAAUACAAUAAAGAUUUUGACAUUCUAAUUUGGUGGAAACAAAAUGCAUCUUUUUACCCUAUUCUAGAUCGUAUGGCGAAAGGCGGAAAUGUUUCGGGGAGGAAGUGA